GAAAAAGAUCCCAGCCUUCCAAGGUCCCCAACCCAGUCUUAACCUUACGACCACUUUUCUUCCAAACCAGCACCGGCUGCCUACAUGAUUGUCGUCGAUCCAGUCGCCCAGCAUGGAUGACUCCGAACGACGAACCGCCAAGCGAUCCCGCUUCGACCAAAAGGAACCUGAACCUCGAAGGGCCUCCAGAUUCGACCGGCGUUCUCGCUCUCCCUCGGCUCGCAAGGACGACUCGGUUCGCGACAGAAGCCCAUUGUCCAAGGACCGGGAAACCGGGGCUUCUCCCGCAAAGUCUCCAGUAGACCCGGCAGCUGCUGCAGCUGCCGCUGCCGCCAAAAUCAACGCCCAACUCCAGGCGCGCAAGGGCAUCCAGCAUGUCGACGUCCCCCCAAUCCGCUCCGAGGCAGCCUCGGGGAGCAGCUCGGGCCCCGCAGCUGCAUCGCACCAGAUCAACGGCGACAUGUACAUUGCGGAUGGCGACUACAUCAAGGACAUCGAAGUCAACGACCUGCGCAACCGAUACCUCUUGACCAAGGGGUCCACACAGAAAAUGAUUAAAGAUGAGACCGGUGCCGAUGUCACAACCCGAGGAAACUACUACCCGGACAAAAGCAUGGCUACCGCAGCGAACCCCCCUCUUUAUCUUCAUGUGACAAGCACCUCGAAGGAGGGACUCGAGCAGGCCGUUGCCAAGAUCGAAGAGAUGAUGAAGCAAGAGCUGCCCCAGCUCGUUGACGAGCGACGCUUCCGCCGCCGAGAGCAAGAACAGGUUGAGCGGGACGAGUACGGUAGACGGAAAUGGCCCGAGGAGAAGAUCCCCAUCGAUCUUGACCCCGUUCCUGGCUUCAACCUUCGCGCCCAGGUAGUGGGUCAUGGAGGUGCUUACGUGAAGCACAUCCAACAAGAGACCGGAUGCCGUGUGCAAAUCAAGGGGCGCGGCUCUGGAUACAUCGAGAACUCUACUGGACGCGAGGCCGAGGAAGACAUGUACCUCCACGUUGCCGGUCCCGAUCCCAAGAUGGUUCAGCAAGCCAAGGAGCUCUGCGAAGAUCUAUUGAGCAACGUCAAGCAGCAGUACGAGGAGUUCAAGAGCCGUCCCCCUCGUCAAAGCUACGGCGGUGGUGGACACUACGGAGGCGACCGUUAUAAUGGCGGCGACCGACACGGUGGUGGAGAUCGCUACGGCGGCGGUGGAGAUCGAUACGGCGACAGACACGGAGACCGGUACGGCGACAGGCAGGGCAGCAGAGACCACGGAUACAAUAACAACAACAACUACAGCAACUCUCCAAGAGGCCAGGCGUCAUCAGCAUCCCCGGCUCCGGGUGCUAACAGCACACCCUCGGCCACGGACUACACGGCGCAGUAUGCUCAAUACUACGCCCAGAAUCCAGGUGCGGACCCCUACGCGGCCUAUGGUGGCUACGCGGCAUAUGUCCAGUACUACCAGCAGUACAUGGCUGCGGCGCAAGCCCAGCAGCAACAAGGCGCCGGGGCGCCAGGGGCGCCAGGUGCAGGCGCAGGUGCAGCGGCGUCACCACCGCCUCCUCCGCCCGACAACCAGCCUCCUCCACCGCCUCCCCCAUCGAAUCCGGCACCGCCUCCUCCACCGUCAGGGUCGCCCCCAGGCGUGUCCGGCUACAAUGCAAUGCCCCCUCCACCCGGACUGUGAGGACCCACCGAUCGAUCAUAAUGGAAUGUGGAGUGACGCGGUCAGACCGCGAUUGGGUGCGAUGAGAACAGUCCAAAAUGGUAGAGAGUUUGCCCUGGUAUUUUUAAGGAACGAGGAAUUGUGUGAGGUUGCUUGCUUGGUUACUCAUGUCGGCCGUGAUUGAAAGGAGAGUGGGGUUUCCAAGGGCCCGCGUCAGCGCAUCAUGGAUACCAAUCUGACAUGGUCUACGAGAUCACGUAAAUAAAGAUUGAACCGCUCGUCACAUA